GCAUGCAAACAGGUAACCCAUUAAGCCCCUCAGACCAUCACUUGUGUUUCAGUAGCUGUCUGCACUUCGACAAUGACACAUAAACUUCUAUUGUGGAUCUUUACCCUAACUGCAUGCCGCAAUCUCUCAGUGAGUCAUGGUCCUCUUGAAGGGGUGAGGGACUAUGAAGUAGUCCGACCCAUCAGACUACAUACUCUGCAGAAAAGAGAAACCGAGUCAUCCAGGCCAGAAACGUUGAAGUAUGCAAUGAGAGUGGGUGGGAGAGACAUUGAGAUGCAUCUGGAGAAGAAUAGGGAAUUACUCACGAAAGACUAUAGUGAGACUUACUACACUGAGGAUGGCACACCAGUCACCUCUACGCCUCAGGAUAUGGAUCACUGCUACUAUCACGGCAGUAUUGUGGAUGACAGUGAGUCUACGGUCAGCAUGAGCACCUGCGAUGGACUCAGUGGAUAUUUCAGAACGGCCGCCCAAAGGUACCUGAUUGAGCCCCUGUCAGGGGGGGAUGAUGGUGAUCACGCAGUGCUGAAAUACGAGGACCAGAGCCCCAAGCCUGUGGUGUGUGGAGUCACUAAUACUACCUGGAACGAAGACUACCCUUCCAUUACUGUCAGGAGCCGUUCUCGAGCCUCAGGUCCAUCUAUACUUCAACAGCAAAAAUAUGUUGAGCUUGUCCUCGUUGCAGACAACCGUGAGUACAAGAAGAUGGAGAGUAAUCGGGGAGAGCUGCGUAAGAGGAUAUUUGAAGUGGUUAACUUUGUCAACAUGGUGUAUAAGCCUCUCAACACCUUUAUUGCCCUGGUUGGUCUGGAGGUGUGGUCAGACAGCGAUAAGAUAUCAGUGACCGCCCCUGCUGGUGCCACCCUGGACGCCUUUACCACGUGGAGGAACAACGACCUGGUCAAGACUAAGCCCCAUGACAACGCACACCUCAUCAGUGGCAUUGACUUUGAGGGAUCGACGGUGGGUCUGGCCUUCAUCGGGACUCUAUGUUCAGGUCAUUCAGCUGGGGUGGUGCAGGAUCACAACCCCAGGGCCAUAGCUGUGGGGGCAACAUUGGCCCAUGAGAUGGGCCACAAUCUGGGCAUGAACCACGAUGACUCCAGUGCCUGUGCUUGUUCUGGGAAUAGCUGUAUAAUGGCUGGGGCCCUCAGCUGGGAUAUCCCAAAGUCAUUCAGUAGCUGCAGUAGUUCGAGCUAUGACCAGUUCCUGAAUAAUCGUAACCCUGAGUGCCUACUGAACAAGCCAGACUACCGAAAUGUGGAAUCAACCCCAGUGUGUGGGAAUGGCUUUCUGGAGAAAGGAGAGGAGUGUGAUUGUGGCUCCCUGGAGGAGUGUACAAACCCUUGCUGUAAUGCCACCAGCUGCACACUGACCAAAGGCUCCGAGUGUGCUGCAGGAGAGUGCUGUGAAGACUGUAAGAUCAUGGCCUCGUCCACAGAGUGCAGAAGGAAACAUGAUGACUGUGACCUAGCGGAGUACUGCACAGGGAAUUCAGCCGUCUGUCCUGAGGACGUCUUCUCUGUCAAUGGGAUCUCCUGUGACAGAGGGAGGGGCUACUGCCGCAACGGCCAGUGUCCACAGCAUCACGACCAGUGUGUGAAAAUGUAUGGCCCAUCUGCUGAAAAGGCCACAACGUACUGCUAUAACCAGAACACCAGAGGACUGUACUACGCCUACUGCAGACGGCCUUCACAGGACCAGUUCAUCCCCUGCCAGAGCCAAGAUGUGCAGUGUGGGAAACUCUUCUGCAAGAACGGUAACGAUGACCCCAACUAUGGUCGCAUGGUGAAAUUCUCCGACUGCAAAGCCACAUUCUACGGUGAUCACACCAGUGACUUUGGACAGGUGAACACGGGGACCAAGUGUAAUGAUGGGAAGGUGUGCAGCAAGAACGAGUGUGUGGAUCUUGAGACAGCCUACGGACCCAAAGCCACCAACUGCUCAGCCCGGUGCAAAGGACAUGCUGAGUGUAAUCACAGAAUGGAGUGCCAGUGUGAACCUGGAUGGUCACAGCCAGGCUGUGAUACAAAGGAUGGAAGCUUCACAGGCCUCUCCAGAGAAGGAGUGAUUGGCAUUGCAGUGACAGUCUCUCUGCUGCUCCUGGCUGCUAUUGCUGGGGCAGUGGCUGUGUUCCUAAAGAAGAGACGACAGUCCCCCACUCUGCCUAGCCACCAUACCCAGAAGAAAAUCCAUGAAGUGGACAACCACAUCCAUAACCAACUGCCAAUCCCCAGCCAAAACAAAGCUAUGCCACAGCAGCCCAAGCGACCAAAAGUAGCUCCGCCCCCACCCCCUCCAGCUGCUAACCAAUCACAAGCCCCGGUCUAUGACUUCAGGGCCGUACGACAGGCUCUGAGACCACCACCACCACGUGUCUGAUGUCAACAUCUAAAGGAGAAGAGUGGAAACAGGAGGAUCUCAAACCUUACCAAGACCUCAAAUGCAGGGUCACAACUGCCAGGCCAGCCAGAGCACAGUCAGUCCAGAGACCUCACUUCUUUGGGAUAAUUUUACAGAACCCUAGACUAGAGACAAGUUGGCUCUGCCACCACUUCUGAAAAAGCCUGGUCCCAGAUCUCUUUGUUCUCUGGCCAACUCCAUUGCUCAUUGUUUGGCAUGACAAUGAGUGACAAGGAAUUGGCAUGAUGGCACAAACAGACUGGCACUCAGGCUACCUAUGAAGCUCAAGGAAUGUGUUUGUGCCAAUGAUGUGCAUGAUGGGUAAACUCAGUAUAGUGACAAAUAUGGAAUGGACUGAGGAGUCCUCUUUUUACGAGGAACAUCUUAAAAAAAUGACACUUUUUAGUAUUCAUUUUAUACCUGUAAUUUAUUUGUCACUGCCAUGUGAGGGAGUGAGUGUUCAGUAUGUGAUAAUAUGCCAUUUAUUUUUGUACUAUUACAUUUGUCAAUGGUGACUGUUUAUUCCCGACUUUGGCUGAGUACUGAGUCUACAGUAAAUAUUUUUUAUUAAUUCAAAGUAUUACUGAGGACAGCCAUUGCUGACUAAAGUUCUGUAUAAAAAAAAUACACAUGCUCAA